UUUCUUCUCCACCGAACCAUUUUCUCUUCUUAUCUUUUAAUAGUAUUAAUAAUCCUAUACUUUCACAUUCCUCACUUCCGCAAUCUUCUUCUAUGCUUAGAAAAACACUUCUUCUCUCUACUUCUUGUUUUUCUCGCCACUUCCUUACUCCUUUUACUGGUAAUAAAUUAUCAUCUUCGUGUCUAACAUCUUAUCGCUCUUCUCUAACCUCAUUUUCUUGGCCUCUUCCUGCCUUUUUUCACACUCACACUGUCCUUGCGAUGGCUGAACGUCCUGCCGAAACCACUUCCACUUCUCAUAAGCACACUAACCGUCUUGCUGCUGAGCACAGUCCUUAUCUUCUACAACACGCCCAUAACCCUGUUGAUUGGUAUCCAUGGGGUGAAGAAGCUUUCGCUGAAGCACGAAGAAGAGAUGUGCCUAUCUUCUUAUCCAUUGGAUACAGCACUUGUCAUUGGUGCCAUGUUAUGGAGGUGGAGUCUUUUGAGGACGAAAGCGUUGCAAAAUUGUUGAAUGAUUGGUUUGUUAGUAUUAAGGUGGAUCGAGAGGAACGACCAGAUGUUGAUAAGGUUUAUAUGACAUUCGUGCAAGCAUUGUAUGGCGGUGGAGGAUGGCCACUUAGUGUCUUUCUCUCACCUGAUUUGAAACCUUUAAUGGGCGGGACUUACUUUCCCCCAGAAGAUAAUUAUGGAAGACCAGGAUUUAAGACUUUACUAAGAAAGGUGAAGGAUGCUUGGGACAAGAAGAGGGAUGUGCUGAUUAAGAGUGGAGCCUUCGCCAUUGAGCAGCUGUCUGAAGCAUUAUCAGCAAGUGCAAGUACAAAUAAAUUGCCAGAUGGACUUCCACAAAAUGCUUUGCGUUCGUGUGCAGAGCAACUUUCUCAAAGUUACGAUGCCAGGUUCGGUGGGUUUGGAUCUGCCCCUAAGUUUCCUAGACCUGUUGAGAUCCAAUUGAUGCUUUACCAUGCAAAAAAGUUGGAGGAUUCUGAAAAGGUUGAUGACGCAAAGGAAGGUUUUAAGAUGGUUUUCUCUAGCUUGCAAUGCAUGGCAAAAGGGGGAAUCCAUGAUCACAUUGGAGGUGGCUUUCACAGAUACAGUGUGGAUGAACGUUGGCAUGUUCCUCAUUUUGAGAAAAUGUUGUAUGAUCAAGGCCAACUUGCUAAUAUUUACUUGGAUGCGUUCUCCAUUACCAAUGAUGUCUUUUAUUCGUUUGUAUCACGGGAUAUUCUUGAUUAUUUGAGAAGGGAUAUGAUUGGACAAAAGGGUGAAAUCUUUUCCGCUGAGGAUGCUGAUAGUGCUGAGCAUGAAGGUGCUAAAAAGAAAAGGGAAGGAGCCUUCUACGUCUGGACCGAUAAAGAGAUUGAUGACAUCCUUGGAGAGCAUGCAACUCUUUUUAAGGAUCAUUAUUACAUAAAGCCUCUUGGCAAUUGCGACCUUUCUAGAAUGAGUGAUCCUCAUAACGAAUUUAAGGGAAAAAAUGUGCUUAUUGAAUUAAAUGAUCCCUCAGCAUUGGCAUCAAAACAUGGCUUACCCAUUGAAAAAUAUCAAGAUAUUUUGGGUGAAAGCAAGCGAAUGCUUUUUGAUGUAAGAGCAAGACGACCAAGGCCACAUUUGGAUGAUAAGGUAAUUGUAUCAUGGAAUGGACUUGCAAUUUCAGCUUUUGCAAGAGCUUCUAAGAUUCUUAAGAGAGAAAGUGAGGGCACAAGAUAUAACUUUCCUGUUGUUGGUUGUGAUCCCCGGGAGUAUAUAGAAGUUGCAGAGAACGCAGCAACAUUUAUUAGAAAACACCUCUAUGAAGAACAAACACGCCGGCUUCAGCACAGCUUUAGGAAUGGUCCAUCUAAAGCACCUGGGUUCUUAGAUGAUUAUGCUUUUUUGAUAUCUGGGCUGCUAGAUCUUUACGAAUUUGGUGGUGGGAUCUACUGGCUAGUGUGGGCAACUGAACUGCAGAACACCCAGGAUGAAUUAUUUCUUGAUAAAGAGGGGGGAGGCUAUUUUAAUACCCCAGGGGAAGAUCCUUCAGUUCUCCUCCGAGUAAAAGAAGACCAUGAUGGAGCAGAGCCCUCUGGGAACUCGGUCUCUGCAAUUAAUCUCAUAAGGUUGGCCUCUAUGGUGACUGGUAGUAAAUCCGAAUGUUACAGACACAAUGCAGAGCAUCUUCUGGCAGUUUUUGAGACGAGACUAAAAGACAUGGCUAUGGCGGUGCCCUUGAUGUGUUGUGCUGCAGACAUGAUUUCAGUGCCUUCCAGGAAGCAAGUUGUCUUAGUUGGCCACAAGCCUUCUUCAGAGUUGGAUGAUAUGCUGGCUGCUGCUCAUGAAUCGUAUGAUCCCAAUAAAACAGUAAUUCAUAUAGAUCCAACAAACAAUGAAGAAAUGGAGUUUUGGGCAGACAAUAAUAGCAACAUUGCUCUCAUGGCAAAGAAUAAUUUUACUGCAGAUAAGGUGGUAGCUGUUGUCUGCCAAAACUUCACAUGCAGUCCCCCAGUUACAGACCCCAAAUCUCUUAAAGCUUUGCUUUCCAAGAAACCUGCUGCUGUAUAAAGCUUUCCAUUUCAUGACUGCAAUGGAUAUUGUAGGUGUUUGUAGAAAUAUUUUCACUAGUUGAGAAUCAGGCCAGGGGACGAAACUGGUGGAUAUCAGCAUGGUCUCUAGUUGAGGUGAUGUAUGGUGGAGACCCGGAGCAGGAAGACAACUUUUAUUAUGACCCCUGGCCUAUGCUACAACAAUGUAAAUUGUACAUUCACGUAGAUUUAGUAGUAGGUAGCUCUCUUGACAAUGUUACUUGGUACCUUUUGAUUAAAUGUUUGUUCCGGAUCAGGCGGUUGAUGGCCAUCCAUGCUAUUUCUAUGGCACUCAAAAAGUUGCCCAGCAAUGUUUCAAUGAAAAUGAAUUCUCCGUUAAUCCGAUUA